AUGAGCACUUUUGAGAAGGUGGUUGUUAUUGAUGGAAAAGGUCACUUGCUCGGCCGACUCGCAUCUAUUGUGGCCAAACAAAUCCUCUCUGGACAGAGAAUUGUGAUUGUGCGUGCUGAGGAAAUUAACGUUUCUGGGUCUUUCUUUCGAAAUAAAAUUAAAUACCAUAAUUAUCUUCGCAAACGCAUGAUUGUAAACCCAGCGCGUGGUCCAUUCCAUUUUCGUGCACCUUCACGAAUUUUUUACAAAGCGUUGCGUGGUAUGAUCCCACACAAAACGUCACGAGGUGCCGCAGCCCUUGACCGUCUCAAAAUCUUUGAGGGAAUACCACCAGAAUAUGCACGUCAGAAGCGUAUGGUGAUCCCUGAUGCACUGCGUGUAAUUCGACUAAAACCUGGUCGUAAAUACACCACGAUCUCACGUUUGUCGAGCGAAGUUGGCUGGAAAUAUGAGGGUAUAGUCAAGAAGCUAGAGGAUAAACGUAAGGAACGUAGUAAUCAAUAUUAUUUGGCAAAGAAACGUAUUAUUAAUUUGAAAGCAAAGGCAAUCAAGAGUAAGGAAAGCGAUAAAGAUUUGAAGAAGAUUAAUGAGAAAUUAGCAGCGUAUGGUCAUUAG